UUCAUCCAGUUUCGGGCUGUGAGGCGUUUCGCAGUUAGCCCGUGAACUGAGUAACUUACAUAAAAAGAUAAAGUGUCUUAUUUUAACAGCUGUUCAGCGUUAUUCCCCUGCUAUUACAAACUGUUUAUUUAUUGGAUGAACUUCAUUUGCGGAAAUUUACGUAUUAAUUGAUGUGUUGUUAUGGCAACAGAGCCAUCUCCUGCGUAGCAUUCAAACAGCUGCAGCUAGUCCCGACUUAUUGGCCUUUUCUCAAGUGUAGACGACCGGGAGCUACACGGCUGUUAUCGAAACCAUGGCUCAUUAUAGAGCCUCAGAGUCGAAGCGAGAACGAUUUCGAAGAUACCUCGAAAAAUCUGGAGUCCUCGACACCUUAACGAGCGUUUUAGUUGCACUUUAUGAGGAGACUGAGAAACCCAACAAUGCACUGGAUUUCAUAAAGCUUCACCUCGGGGCGGCUGGUCCGGAGCCGGCGGACACCGAGGCUCUCCGCACCGAGCUGGCUGAGGUGCAACAGAAAUGCAGCCGGCUCAUGGAGGAGAACAAGGAGCUGAGGAACAGGCUCAUGCAGUACGAACCAUCGCCUGAUGGGGAAGCAGAGGAUUAGAGAGCUUGUGUCUUUGCUUUUUGGGGUAAAAAAAAACCAAAGGUUAAAGCCUCUUUUGUAGGGUAUUUAAAUGUUUAUUUCAUGAUAAUGGAUUUGCAGUGAACACAAAAUCACUGUUAAUUUUUGUUAUAUAACAAGAAUGAAAUAAAUAAAAAUAAAUUUUCAGCAUCA